AUGGGAUAGUGUCACUGCAGCGAAGCUAACUUUGAAAAUAAAAAUCGUAACACUGGUGAUGGAAAUAACAAUAAAAAAUUGAAUAACUACACAAGUGACGUAGAAGAUUUCUUGGGAAAUGAAAGAACAUUUUAUUCCUUUGAUAAGUCAAAGAAGAGUGCCUGUGACUUUAAGAUUGUAAAGAAAAUUGGAUAGGGCAACUUCGGUACUGUUUACCAUGUUUACUGCGAAGCUGACAAAAAAGAUUAUGCAAUGAAAAUAAUCCAUAAAAACAGGAUUAGAGAUGAAAAGCAAAAGCAACAUGCUCUCAACGAAAAGAAUAUUCUUGCAUCUAAUAAUCAUCCUUUCUUGCUGAAGCUCUACUACUCAUUCUAGGAUGAUUAAAAGCUCUAUUUAAUCACUGAAUACGUACAAGGGGGUGAUUUAUACAUGAACAUGAAAUAUAAAUAGAAAUUCACUGAUAGAGAAGUUCUAUUUUACUGCUCAGAAAUCAUCGUAGCCUUGGAAUAUUUACAUUCGAAAGGAAUUAUUUAUAGAGAUUUAAAGCCUGAAAAUGUCCUCUUAACAAAGCAAGGACACAUUAAGCUUGCUGAUUUCGGACUUUCCAAAAUUAAAAAUUACAAAGAUGAAAGAUCACAAAGUAAAUGCGGAACUCCUGACUAUAUCGCUCCUGAAAUAGUGCUUGGAUAAAAUGGACAUGACGAAAGCUGUGAUUUUUGGAGUUUAGGUUCAGUUAUUUAUGAAUUAUACCAUGGAUACCCACCAUUCUUUUGCAAGGACAAGCAAAAACAAAUUAUUGAUAGCAUGAAUAAAGAAGUUUUAAUUAGCAAAAAAUUGAGUGAAGAAGCUCAAGAUUUGAUUCGCAAAUUCUUACAACCUAAUCCUGAGAACAGAAUAGGAAGUUAGGGAGGUUUCUAAGAAAUUAAGUCUCACCCAUUCUUUAAAAACAUCGAUUGGGUUAAGGUGAAUAACCUCGAAAUUGAUCCUAUUAAGCCAAUAAGACCUGAAACAAUUAAUAAGGAAAUAGACUCCUUGAAUGGAAAAAAGAACUACCCUUCUUGCGAAAUUGAUAUCAAUUAAAACCACGAGUAAUAGUAAUAAUACGCUGUUGGUAGUGUUUUAGACUACACCUUUAACUACAACUAAAAUUUCGUCUAAUUACCUGAUCAGGCAGCUAGAUCCUAAUUUUCAUCUAAAACCACAAAUGAUAAUGUUGAAAAUGUUUAUAUUUUAGAUGGUCAUUUAGAUGGUCAUUAGAAUAGUGUCUAAUAAUAAGAUCCUUAAGUUUACGCCAAGGGUGUGUGA